CACUAGAGUAUCUUGAUUAUUCACAUGCAAAUUUUUAUUUUUCAAUUCCGAACAUAACAACGCGGCGAACAUAUUAGUUUUAGUAAUUUUACGAAUUACAAUUUCGUGGAGCACACAAAAUGACGUCGUGUAACGAAGCAAUACACGAUAUAGAAGAUUUAAUAGGAUCCAAUGAUAUCACACCGAUUGAAAGAUAUUCAAAGAAUACAAAUGUAACCGUCAGAGCCAAACGAAUUAAAAAUGCUAAAGAUCCUGACCCCAAAGUGGAACCAGUCGAGAAGAAUAUUCUACAAAGUAUUCUUCCCGGUACUCAGAAUAUAUACAUAAGAACGUGGGGUUGUGCUCAUAAUAAUUCGGACAGUGAGUAUAUGGCCGGUCUACUAGCUGCCUAUGGGUAUAACCUAACAACGGAUAAAAUGGAAGCAGAUUUGUGGUUGCUAAAUAGCUGCACUGUAAAGAACCCAUCGGAGGAUACCUUCAGAAAUGAAAUUGUGAAUGGUCGUAAAAUUGGCAAACAUGUCGUAUUGGCAGGUUGUGUUCCGCAGGCAGCCCCGAAGUCUGAUUAUAUCCAGGGCCUUAGUGUUGUUGGGGUUCAUCAAAUAGAUCGGGUGGUGGAGGUUGUGGACGAAGCUCUGAAAGGACAUUCGGUGCAAUUAUUACAGGCUAAAAAAGUGGACGGAAAACGGGUUGCAGGUCCUAAGUUGGCCCUUCCGAAGGUGAGAAAAAAUCCUUUGAUCGAGAUUAUUCCCAUCAACUCUGGAUGCUUGAAUGCGUGCACAUAUUGCAAGACCAAAUUUGCUCGUGCCAACCUGGUUAGUUACCCGGUGGAUGAGAUUGUUGAAAGAGCUGCCGCAGUUUUCAAUGAAGGCGUUUGCGAAAUAUGGCUCACUUCGGAAGAUACGGGUACUUACGGAAGAGAUAUUGGUUCGUCAUUACCUGAGCUGCUAUGGAAGUUGGUUGACGUGAUUCCUGACGGUUGCAUGCUUCGUCUUGGCAUGACAAAUCCACCAUAUAUACUGGAAUAUCUAGAAGAGAUGGCGAAAAUUUUAGCUCAUCCAAAGGUGUAUAGUUUUCUUCACGUGCCGGUUCAAAGUGGUUCUGAUUCUGUUCUCGCCGAUAUGAAACGGGAAUACUGCCGGGCGGAUUUUGAACACAUUGUGGAUUUUCUACGAAUAUCUGUUCCUGGAAUAAGUAUCGCUACAGAUAUAAUUUGUGGUUUUCCAACGGAAACUGAAAACGAUUUCAAACAAUCGAUGGUGCUGUGCGAGAAAUAUGCCUUUCCCAGCCUUUUCAUUAAUCAGUUCUAUCCAAGGCCAGGUACCCCGGCAGCGAAAAUGCAACGGAUUCCACCAAACUUAGUGAAAACUCGGACUAAGCGUUUGACUGAUUUAUUUUAUAGCUAUGAACCCAACGCGAGCAAAUACAAAAUAGGCGAACAACAAAAAAUACUAGUAACGGAGAUUUCUCACGAUAAAAAACACUACGUGGGUCACAACAAGUUUUAUGAACAGUUCCUAGUACCAAUGGAAGAGGAUCUCUUGGGAAAGUUGGUUGAGGUAAAAAUUGUGAAAGUUACAAAGUUCAGUUUGAUUGCCGAAAUCGUUCAACAAAAAAAGGAUUGGAUAGUCUGUACUAAUCCUGCCGUGGGACAAGCAACGGUAAAAUUCAAUAAGUGUGGAUUGCAAAUAGUGUAUAGCAAUAGAGGAGAAACAAAUUCGUUGUCGAUGGUUUGGAUUUUUGCUUUUCUAUCAUUUAGUAUAGCUGUUGUAUAUCGUUAUUACCUUCAUUUUGAUUGUAAUUGAGUUAUACCAAAAAUA